AUGACAGAGCUCGAAAAACGGACCACCGAAGAUGAGAGUCCCAAACUUGAGGGCCAUAAUGCUCUUUACGAAAUCGAAAGUCGAGCCGCACCUGGCAAACUGAAUGCUAUCUUCGAGAACCCACUGGCACAGCUGUCCCGUGAGCAGUUGUUGGCUGAUGUAGAGAAAUUCUGCAAAAAAUUCAACCUGACGGAGCAUGUUGAGACCUUUAAAAAGGGCGCUUUGGUGUCGCAAAAUCCCGAAGGCGCCAUGGACUUGCCGGAGCUGGAUGAUGCGGAUAGAGAGGCAUUGACCCGAGAGCAGACGCACAAAUGGUCGCAACCCAUGGCCUUGUAUCACCUAACCAUUAUGUGUGCUGUUGCGGCUGCAGUGCAAGGCAUGGAUGAGACUGUCAACAACGGUGCCCAGAGGUUAUAUUUGGAACGAUUCAAUAUCAAGCCGUACUCCCAAGGCGGACGAUUCUCACAAGCAAUGGCUGACAAUUUGACGGGAUUGAUUGUCGGUGCGCCUUACCUAGCAUGUGCCGUCCUUGGAUGCUGGCUUACGGAGCCAUUGAAUCGAUACACGGCCCGCCGUGGAACAAUCUUUAUUUCAUGUGUGAUAGCAGCACUCGCAUCAAUUUGGGAAGGGCUGGCUAAUUCCUGGGUCAAUCUCUUCCUUGCUCGCUUUUUCCUGGGUCUGGGAAUCGGAUCAAAAUCGUCGACAGUGCCAGUAUAUGCCGCGGAAUGUUCCCCGGCACCCAUUCGUGGUGCUUUAGUGAUGAUGUGGCAAAUGUGGACGGCAUUUGGGAUUAUGCUUGGAAAUAUAAUAGGCGUGGCAUUCGGCGGGCUCGAACCGGACCUUGCGUGGCGGCUGAUGCUUGGUUCAACCGUCGUUCUUCCAAUUAUAGUCUGCGUCCAGGUCUACUUCUGCCCCGAAUCUCCCAGAUGGCUCAUUGAGCAUAAUAAGAUCGAGAAAGCCUUUAAGUCGUUCUGUGCCCUCCGGCCCACACAGCUCCAGGCCGCUCGUGACCUCUAUUACGCGUAUGUCGGAGUUGAAUUGGAGAGAAAAGUAAACCGGGGUAAAAAUUUCUUUUCCAUGCUGGUCGAAUUAUUCACUGUGCCUCGAAAUGCUCGUGCAACUGUCGCAUCAACCAUCGUAAUGUGGCUGCAGCAAUUCUGCGGUGUCAACAUUAUUGCUUACUACUCUACUACUAUUUUUGUUGAGUCUGGUUUCAGCAUGUCAUCCGCUCUACUUGCGUCGAUGGGUACAGGAAUUUUGAACUGGUUAUUCGCUCUUCCCGCAUUUUUCACGAUUGACACUUGGGGUCGACGAAACCUUCUCCUCUUCACACUUCCGUGGUUGGCUCUAUGGCUGCUUUGGUCUGGAUUCUCUUUCUGGAUUGAAACAGGCGACAGCCAAAGCAAGACGAGACUAGGAAUGGUGACGGCGGGUCUGUAUUUGUUUGAAGUUUUCUAUUCCCCCGGCGCAGGCCCCGUGCCCUUUACAUAUUCUGCUGAAGCCUUCCCGCUACAUGUGCGUGAAGUGGGUAUGUCAUGGGCCACUGCUGUGACAUGGAGUUUUAACUUCGUCAUCUCCUUCACCUGGCCUCAUCUACUCAGCGCGUUCAAACCUCAGGGAGCCUUUGCAUGGUACGCUGGAUGGUGUGUCAUCGGCUGGUUCUUGGUACUCCUGGCUGUGCCCGAAACGAAAGCCCUAACCCUCGAGGAGCUGGACCAGGUGUUCUCAGUGCCUACAAGGAAACAUGCCAUGUAUCAAAUUAAGAAUAGCAUAUGGCAUUUCCGCACUUGGGUAUUGCGACAAAAGUUGGAGCCAUUACCAAAAUUCUACAGCAGCGUAGAUAAGCUGAGUGAAACUAAGCCUUAG